AUGCUGCGGACGGGCUGCCGCGCCGCGCUUCCCGUCCGACUCCUGGGCUCCGCGCCGCUGAGCACGGCCGGCGGACAACGGCCUGGAGGGGCCGAGGCCGGGGAUGGGCUGAAGCGGACGCCGCUGGACGCCCUGCACCGGUCCCGCGGCGGGAGGAUGGUGCCGUUCGCCGGCUGGAGCCUGCCGCUGUACUACGAGCAGGGCCACCUCCAGUCCCACCUGCACACUCGCCGCCGCUGCUCCCUCUUCGAUGUCUCCCACAUGCUGCAGAUCCGGGUGUACGGACGGGACCGCAUCAAGUUCAUGGAGAGCCUAGUGGUGGGGGACAUCGCCGAGCUGAAGCUGGGACAGGGCACCCUGACGCUACUCACCAACGAGAAGGGCGGGAUUGAGGAUGACCUUAUUGUCACCAACACAUCAGAAGAUCACCUCUACGUGGUGUCCAACGCUGGCUGCGCCGACAAGGACUUGGCCAUCAUGAGGGGCAGAGCAUCGGAACUGCAGGCUGCCGGCAGUGACGUUCACCUGGAGGUGUCAGACAAUGCGCUCCUGGCUCUGCAAGGUCCCUCCAUGGCACAGGUGCUGCAGGCGGGGCUGUCAGAUGACCUGGCCAAGCUGUCCUUCAUGAGCAGUAUCACCACAACAGUCUUCAGUGUGCCAGGCUGCCGGGUCACACGCUGUGGCUACACUGGCGAGGAUGGUGUGGAGAUCUCGGUGCCUGUGGGGCAGGCAGUGGAGCUGGCUGAGCAGCUGCUGGGUGUCCCUGAGGUGUGGCCAGCAGGGCUGGCAGCCAGGGACAGCCUGCGCUUGGAAGCUGGGCUCUGCCUUUAUGGCAAUGACAUCGAUGAGACCACCACGCCUGCCGAGGCUGGCCUGAUGUGGACCUUGGGGAAGCGCCGUCGUGCAGCUAUGGACUUCCCUGGCGCAGCCAUCAUCAUGGCACAAGUGAAACAGAAGCCAAAGCGCAAGCGUGUGGGGCUGACAUCAGUGGGACCCCCCAUCCGUCCCCACACAGCCAUCCUGGGCCCUGAGGGCAUGCCUGUGGGUACAGUGACCAGCGGCUGCCCCUCACCCUCCCUGGGCAAAAACAUUGCCAUGGGCUAUGUGGAGACCUCACACAGCCGGACUGGCACCGCACUCACUGUUGAAGUGCGGAAGAAGCAGCACCCAGCCCUUGUCACCAAGAUGCCUUUCGUGCCCACCCAAUACUACAUGGCCAACUGA